AUCAUAGUCAUACUUGUAGAUAUAGUUAUCUAUCAGUGUACUACACCGAUAAACCCCUCACAUCAUGCUUAUCCGUUAUCUGCUUGGCUUAUCCGUCGGGACACGGGCCUCCAUGGACAAAGGAUAUCCUCGGUCAAAGAGUUCAUGUUAUGUAAAAUAUCUCAUAGUGUUUAGGGCAUCCUGGUUGCUAUUCUUGUUGUUGUUGUUAUGUCCGAUGUCCCGACGGAUGCUGCUCCGCUCCGACGGAUUCGGUAACCGCGAACACCUGGAGUAUACUACACCUCCGCAAAACUUCGUAGUAAUUGUUAGUUCCCCGGACGCAUAAUGCGGGGAUGGAGUAAGUUAGCAGUAUCACUGAAUGGAUAUUCCCGAAAAUCCGUCUCAGACAAGGUAUAAGAAGUAGCAGGC